GAAAAGUCACUGGGGUCCAAGGAGUCGCGAUCUUGCCUUGCUUGUCAAUGACCCCCAGUCGUUUGGCAUGUCAUUCUGCAUUGUGCGAGAGAAGAGUGGAGUGAGAGCUCAGCAUGAGGCGGUUCCGUGCGUGGGUAGCGGUGGCGGCGGCAUUGCUGGUCUCGAAAAGUUUAGCAGGCGAUAAUUACCUUGCCGAUCGAAUUGACAGGAAACCAGCGGCCAAGCACCGUAACUCGGCGCUGUCUGGAGGACACAAGGCGCUCGCGUGGCAGGGCAAUGACGAGAAGGUCGGACAGCUUCGAGGGUCAAUUACGGCCGCCGAGACGACGAGCACCACACCUUACGGCUCCAAGACACAGCCCCCUUCGACUUAUACUCCAGUGAGUAGGCGAAUUGAGCCGAAUCCUGUGGCGGAUGGAAUAAAGCAAGGAGAAGUCUCAGCGGUCAUGGUGCCUUGGGAUAGCGUCACUUCGACGACUUCACGGUACUACAGCGCGGCGACGUCGUCCGGACCGCCUUCCGAGUCGACCAUUAGCAAGAGUAACGAGCAGCAGCGCACCGGAAGACUACCUGGCUUUAUAUCCAAAGUAGACACUGCUGGACAAGUGGAAGAACCUAACUACAAUCAGAAUGCUCCUACCAAGGUAGAUGCACCCGCAGACAGCAACAAAUAUUCACCAGCUUCCAUGCCAAAUCCGCUACCAGCUGAGAUUGAUUCAACUUUACCGCGAGCUGAUGAAGUGGGUCGUGCUGGGGGAGUUGUGGGUGUUUUCGUCCCAUGGAGUGGUGGAGCUUCCACGCCGGCAAGUUAUGGACGCACUGGAGUGCCCGGACGUCGCGGGGAUGAAAUCAGUAAUGAUUACUUUCCAAGGCAAUACAACUAUGGAGGUACCAGUGACGAAAAGUGGAGUGAUCGACGAAAGGCAAUUGAUAACACGCAUCAGCGCGACUCGAGUGAUAAAAAUAUGGAUAAGUUGAACGAGGGGCAAAAGUGGACGGAGAGCAAGGCUGGGAAGCCAGCUGGAGCACUUGAUGGCAUGAAUGCCGCGUCGUACAAACAGGAUGCGAUCGAUAAGAACGUGAGACCUUUGUCGACAAAAUCUCAGUAUGGUGAGCAGAGAAGCGUUCCCUAUAUCGACAAGGCGAGUUUACCGACGAACAAGCAGGUAAACUCCGUACCAAAUUCUGGGUCGGAUGAAGCAACACACGAAGGAAAUGCAGCGACGGUGGACGUUUCCUGGGAAACAAGAGCUUUUAAGUCUUCGGGCUAUUCGAGCGCAAAAGCGUCUGCAUCAGAGUCGGACCAUCACGAAAUGACCGACGUGUAUGAUGGUGCCUUGGGACCUAUUACUCCCUGGAAUGACGGUAGACCUCAGUUGGUGAAAGAAUACACGACGAAGAAAUCCACGCAGACCCAGGGGUACGGCCAUCUCUUAGGCGACGUUAUACCAUGGAAUGAGGCUUCGUUGUUAUUUGCACGAGGCUUACAGUCAGAGCCUGAAAACCUGCAAACUAGUGAAGUUCGUGUAGAGAAAACGAUCGAUGAACCCAGUGUACACGGAGGAUCUAAGGACGAAGAAGACGGGGUGAUGACGACGAUGACUGUCAGUGAUGAGAAUGUGCGUUGGAACCAAGACGACUGCCAACCCUGUGAAGUUCCGACUCAACCGCCAACACUUGCUCCCCCAUAUCCUCGCGAUAACGAUGACUACGAGAAACGCCUUCCGACUAUUAUCGAUGAGAACGAAUCAUGGGAGGACCUCAAGGAGAAUCUACCAUCAAGUAGUCCCACCAACACUCCAGAGGAGAAGCCUCACAAUGGCGAGUUCGUUCACUGCACGAAAAUCGUUGGAGACUAUGGGGAGAGAUAUGAGUGUACAACGGAGUCAGCAACACCAGCACUGACGAAAGCACCAACCGACAAUGCCUGCAUCGAUGUUUCGGUUGAAGGUGAUGCAACGUAUUGCAUCCAGGGACCAAUCUGCAGCGGAUCGGGUAGUAAUCCUACUGGUUCGUUGUGUCCGGUCAAGGGGGAUGUCGCCGUGAAGGAUUGCAAUAGCGACAAAUUGCCGAGCUGGACCAGUGGCAUUUGUGUGGCACCGGCUGAUGCUAGUUGCUUUAAAAUCAAGACCGGUGCGUGGGGAUGUGUGUAUGACGAGGCGAACAAUACUACGACAAAUUCUACGGAGUCAGCAACACCAGCACCAACGAAAGUACCAACAGACAAGACCUGUAUCGAUGUUUCUGUCGAAGGUGAUGUAACGUAUUGCAUCCAGGGACCAAUCUGCAGCGGAUCGGGUAGUAAUCCUACUGGUUCGUUGUGUCCGGUCAAGGGGGAUGUCGCCGUGAAGGAUUGCAUUAGCGACAAGUUGCCAAGCUGGACUAGCACAGGUGCAUGCGUGGCGCCGGCUGACGCUACUUGCACGAAAAUCAAGACCGGUGUGUGGGUGUGUGUGUAUGGCAAAGCAAGCAAUACUACGACGAACAGUAAUGGUGAAAGUGACACGCCGACCCAGACGCCAAUGGAGACAUCAUCGAAUCUGCCGACGGAAACGCCCACAGUGGCGCCGUAUGAGUCUACCUCGUAUCCAAUAGAACCUGAAACUACAACACCAGAACGAAAUGAGCCCACACCAGCUCCGUCCAAGCCCAAUGAAGAUGAGUCAACAUCAACUCCGUCGAAUCCUAAUGAACCAAAUGAGCCCACACCAACCCCGUCCAAGCCUAGUGGGCCAGAUGAUGAAUCCACACCAGCCCCAACCAAGCCUAGUGAGCCAGGUUAUGAAUCCACUCCAGCUCCGUCCGAGCCUGGUAAACCAGACGAAUCCUCUCCAGCUCCAUCUAAGCCCAAUGGACCAAGUGAUUCCACGCCAGCUCCGUCCAAACCUAAUGAGCCGGAUGAGCCCACUCCAGCGCCGUCUCAACCAUCCGAAGCAACUCCUGCCCCGACGAAUCCCUACGACGAAGCAACUCCUGCCCCGACGAAUCCCUACGACGAACCAACUCCUACACCUGCGGCAUCGAUCACUGAGGAUGGAAUAUCAACUGGUAAAACGACAUCCUCAUCUACCACUACGAAAUCAUCUACUUCCAAUACGACCGCUGGACCUUCAUCAAGCACCAAAACUACUGGUACACCGGCGACUAAGACAUCGACUUCGUCCGAGGACAAUGCAUAUACUAACACUGGUACGUCCGGAGCGGAUGCAAAUGUUGCUGGAGCUUCGACCUCAACCGGUACCACCUCAAGUGGAGCUUCUGGCGUCUUGAGUGGUGGAGAAAUUGCUGGAAUCGUCAUUGCAUGUAUUGCUUUCGUGGCUAUCAUCGUGGGCGCAGUGCUGAUCAGACAGAGGUCGAUCGCUCGACAACGCGAGGAGAAUUUGUUCGCUGAGCUGAGCGGUGCUGGUGGGCGUUCACUCGAGACCGACUAUGCAGCGAUGUAAGGGAGAGAUGCGGAAAACGAAAAUGUAGCAAAAUGACACUUUGCCUAAGCGUAGCUUUACUUUCUUACCUAGAUUCACUCUUCGUCGUCA